AUGAAAGCCAGCAAAGCCCUUGGGUUUGGUGGCUUCUCAGCGGGGUUUUUUCAUAAGGUAUGGCCGGUGGUAGGAGAUGGUGUGAUAGCAGCAGUGCUGGAAUUCUUCUCUUCGGGUAUUCUUUUUAAGGAAGUUAAUGCUAAAACCAUCACUUUGGUUCCUAAGAAGAAGAACCCGGCUGUCAUGGGGGAUUACCGCCCCAUUUCUUGUUGUAAUAUGGUUUAUAAAACCAUUAUCAAGAUUUUGGCUAAUCAGUUAAUUCUAGGCCUUGAGGAUAUUGUUAGCAAUAACGAAGGUGCCUUUAUCUCCAAGAGGAGCAUUGCAGAAAAUAUUCUGCUUGCUCAGGAGUUAGUUCAUGACUACCAUAAAAGUAAAUGGGCUGCUAGAUGUGCCUUGAAGUUUGUGUAUUGGGUCAGGGCCUGUAUCACUUCCCCUCUUUUUUCGGUGGCUCUUAAUGGGUCUCUUGUGGGGUUUAUUCAAGGGAGAAAAGGCCUAAGGCAGGGUGAUCCGAUUUCACCAUACCUUUUUGUAUUGGCUAUGGAGGUCAUUUCUAUGCUUUUGGCUGAGCUAGCUCUGGAUAAGGAGAAGUUUCGGUUUCAACCUAAGUGUAGCAAGCUCAAACUUAUUCAUCUUUGCUUUGCAGAUGAUCUCCUUAUCUUUGCUGAAGCUGACAUGGGUUCUAUUCUUGUUGAUGACAAAGCUGCCUUUCUGGACAUGCUGCAUAUGCCUGAAGGUUCCUUGCCUGUAAGCCUUCAGAUUUAUUGGUCUAAGGUGUUCAUUCUUCCUAAGAAGGUGAUCUGGUUGCUUGAACAGAAGUUCAACUGGUUUCUUUGGAGUGGGAAUGAUACCAAAGCUAAGGCUAAGGUGUCAUGGGAUAAAAGUUUGUUUGCCCAUGCCGGAUCAGUUUGGGUUGCAUGGGUUGAGUCGAAUUGGCCUAAAGGUAGAAGUUUUUGGCAAAUUCCAGUUCCUAAGAGUUGCUCUUGGAACUGGAAAAAACUUUUGCAUCUUAGAGAAGCUGCCAAGAAGUUGUUGAGUUUCAAAGUAGGAAUGAGCCAUAAAAUUUCUCUUUGGUUUGAUGCUUGGCACCUGGCUGGAAGACUGAUUGACACUUAUGGUUUUCGGGCUGUCCAUGAUUUUGGACUUAGUCCGAAUGCUUGUGUCUCCACUGUUCUACAUGAAGGUUCCUGUCAUUGGCCCCUUGCUAGAUCAGAUGAUUUGGUGGCUAUUCAGGCUAGACCACCAGAUGUUAAAGUUGGAGAAGUGGAUGUUGCUGUUUGGAAGUCCAAGAGUGGUGUUUACUCUUGUGGAGAAACUUGGCAUUUCCUUAGACUUAAGUUUCCCGUGGUCCCUUGGUGGAAGGUAGUAUGGCAUUCCAAGGCUAUUCCCCGCCAUGCUUUCGUUUUGUGGCUAGUUUUUAGACAGGCCAUUGCAACUGAGAAAAUGUGGCUAGGGAUUUAUGGGGCACACCUUAUUCUUAAGGGUAAGGGGCUGCAUACCACUCUUUGCAAGCUUGGUUUGGCUGCAACUGUUUACCACAUUUGGAGGUUGAGAAAUGAGCUGUGUUUUGGCAAUUCCCCCUUGACAGAGGAAGCCCUGGUUGCUCGGAUAAAAUGGGAUGUUAGAACAAAGGUGUUGUCCCUAAAAUUCAAGAGAUCUCCUCUUGAUAGGCAGCUUUCGGCUUUAUGGUUGUUGUAG